CGGAGGCGAUUCCUUUCCUGUCUGAACUUGGCCGAAGUGUCAUCAGGACGAAACGGACGGACUUCACUAAAGUUUCUGCCCCGGUGGUCUGCUGCUGUAGACAUGGCGCCCAGCGCGCAACUCAAGGAGGCGAUAGCCGACGUGCAGGAGGGGAUCCGGGCCAUCCUGCUCGGACCACCCGGAGCCGGAAAGGGGACUCAGGCCCCUCGGCUAGCAGAGGAGUACUGUGUUUGCCACCUGGCCACCGGAGACAUGCUGAGGGCCAUGGUGGCCUCGGGCUCGGCGCUCGGCAAGCGGCUGAAGGAGACCAUGGACGCUGGCAAGCUGGUCAGUGACGAGAUGGUCGUGGAGCUCAUAGAGAAGAACCUGGACACGCCGGCCUGCAGGAAGGGCUUCCUGUUGGACGGAUUCCCUCGCACUGUCAAACAAGCGCAGAUGCUGGACAAUUUGUUGGACAAGAGACACGAGAAUCUGGACUCUGUGAUCGAGUUCGCUGUCGACGACUCUCUGUUGGUCCGCAGGAUCUGUGGCAGACUAAUUCAUCAGCCGAGCGGCCGCUCUUAUCACGAGGAGUUCAACCCCCCCAAAGAGCCCAUGAAGGAUGACCUGACCGGCGAGCCGCUCAUCCGCCGCAGCGACGACAACGAGGCGACGCUGCACUCCCGCCUGGACUCGUACCACCGGCAGACGGCCCCUCUGGUCACCUACUACAGGGCCCGGGGCCUGCACACGGCCGUCAACGCCGCCCAGAGCCCCGACGUGGUCUUCGCCUCCAUCCUGGCCGCCUUCUCCGCCGCCACGGAAGUCCCCGCCCGAGCCGUCGCCUCUGGUUGAAUGCUGAGCUGCCACAUCCCGCCCGGCGCCAAGGAUUGGAUUUGGCAAAAGAUGUUUGUUGGGUGGGGGACAGAUGGAGGGAGUGGGGGGGCAUGAGAGUCUUUUUAGACUUAUUGGACGUUGAGGUUGACGUUGCGCUGCUGUGGAGCUCGUUUUCUUCUUUGAAUAAAUCUCAUGCUUUCCUACAAUCCCAUCAUCCCCAUUUGUUCAACUUUUGCUUUUUUGUUUUUUGGAGCCCCAGCCUGGCUCAGGGGGCGUGGCUUCCACUGAACCGGCUGUGUGAUCACAGCCAUGUUCACGUGAUUGCCGGCAAGAUAGUUUUUGCUGGUGUGAUGGUUCUUAGCGAGCGGUUUUGGAUCCUACUUGAUAAAAAAAUAGCAGAAUAAGCACAAUAAACUGCAGGUACAACCGCUCAACAAUCGCACUUGACUUUCUGAAGUUUCUACCACAUUCCACCGUGAACCGUAGCGUCCACGUGAUGCCGUCUGCUCCACCCAAUCAUGGUUAGCAAUACAAACCCAAAACACAAAAACUAACACGUAAACGCACACAGGCCGUGAUUAACCAUAAUCAUCUGACCGUUCUCAGCUUUCUUUUUGAAUUUGGACAUAUUUAAUGGACCUGACGUCAUCUGACAGCUUGUUGCAGGACGUCUCAAACUGAAGGAACCUUCGCCAGACCUGCAUCUAACUGGGCACAUAGACCCAACCUUUGCCUGAUGAUGUCAUCGGCCCGGUUGGGUUGUGUGAAUGCUUUGAACAUUUGUCUGAAUAUCUACAAGUGUUUGACUCCUUGGAGUGUUUUUUGUGAAUAUUUUGAACAGCUAAAACAACUUUAAUCCUGUGGCUUGGGUUAUCUUCCAACAUUAUGCCGAUACCAGUUGUACCGGAUGAGUGUGUUUGCCCGUUAGUACUGUGGUGAAUGUGUGUGUGGUCCGGCCUCCUGCAUUGAUGAAGAGUCAUCUAAUCUAUGAAGGGAUUAUUUGUACUUAUUCUCCAGGCGCAAAGUCAUUGAACUUUUAGAGCUCACACUGCAAUGAAUUAUCAACCUCACCAAAACAGCGGGAGAUGGUCGUUUAAGAAACUUUCAAAAAAAUAUAGCAGAGAUAAUGAAUGUGUGCGUGUGCGCAUUAAGGUACCAUAAUCUGUUUUGGUUGUGUGAUAUUAAACCUUCUCAGUGCAGUGCUUUGCCCACAA